UUCAUUUGUCAAAAAAGUGCUUUGGUACAGGCCUACGGGGUACUAUUACCUACUUAUUUUUUCGUACCAAAACAAUAUUGGUGUUUUUAAUUGUUUUUUUCUUGUGUUUUGAUAUUAAUUAAAAAUUUUGAUUAGGUUGUUUCGUGACUGUUCCCAUGGUGUGUGUGUAAAGAUGAGCUGUUUAACUUGCAUUCAAGGUCUGAAGAUAACAUUCCCAUUUAAAGAUAAGGAGCUUAAUAAAAUAGCAGCAUUUUUUAAUAUACUGACUUUCUUAUUGACUUGUGCAGCCCUAGUACAGCCAAGUUGGUUUAGGAUUAAAGGCCUUCAUUGCACUCAGAGUCUAUCUUUAACACAAUUCUUUACUUUUGAUGAAGAUGACGAUGAUGACGAUGACCAAAUAUUUAUACACAAAAAUGAGUUUGAUCCUAUUAACAGAUCUGAUUUUAAUGGGCUACCACCAUGUACAACACCAGAAAUUAUAACACUUAUGAGAGUGCUCAUACUUCUCUGCUUUAUGGUCCUACUAUGCUCCUGCAUCGGAGUACUGAUAAACCUCACCAGUCUGAACAGCAAAGCCAUCAGGAUGCUGCGGAGAAAUGCUGUGCCUAGUAUUAUGUGUGUCUUCUGGGUGAUUGCCAUUGUAGGUGUGUGCUAUUACACAACAGUUGUGUUAGGCAAUGCAAACAAUAAUGACCCUAAUACCAUACAAGUUGAUUAUGAAUAUGGAUUUUACACAAUAACAGCAGCAGGUGCUUUAGCUUUACUAGCAUCUGCUGCCAAUCUGUGGGGUGCGCCAUUAUCAAAUGAUGAAGAUUUGCAAAGACGAAAUCUUAUGGAAGACUGGGAUGGAUACGAAGCCCACAGUGUUGGCCCCACACCAGCAGUGCCUACCCUCCCGCCCUACUCUCCAAGCCCCAACUUUAUUCCAUCAGCACAUCCAACGUUUGCACCACCUGUUCUAGGUACGCAACAAUACUUUCCCUUUGACGACCUUUCCAUUCUACCGCCCCCACCUCCAUACACACCGUGAUUUUGUCCAUAUCACAAGAAACACCAACUCAAAGUUGAUUUUAGUUUAAUCUUGUUAACUUGUUUGCACCAUAUGUGCUAGAACUCUUGAGUGCUUAUAACUAGCGAUAUUGUCAAUUUUUGCAUAUUUUUGAGCAAACACUUGAUAACAUUGUUAUUGGUGAUAAUUUAGUUGGCAGCUCUAAAAGUAGAAUUGUCCUUAUCACUACAAACUAUUUGAAAAAGGACGGCAAUUACGUUUAGAUUAGAUUUGAGAUUUUUGCAACACAGAAUUAUCACCAAUGACCAAUCCACCAAUUCGAACAAUCUUAACCAUAUUCGGCCACAGCAACAGCUUCGGAUUCUGGUUGAGUGUCGCUGGAAACAUUGUGAAAAGGAAAGCAGACCUGUUAAUUUAGUUAAAUAUAGAGAAAUGUGCACAAUCUUGUGAUUUAAGAUUUGUGAAUCGGCACCAAUGUAUGUCUUAAGUAUGUGUUGUCAUUCUCACAAUGGUUCCACAGUGACCAUGGAGGGAUAGGACCAUUUUUGUUUAGUUGUAAUACGAGAUUUGUUUACCGCAGAGUUGGCAUUAUUGAAAAAAAUUUACAUGGCUUUGCUUACCUGCACGGUGAGACCUACUCUUAUUAAAUUAGAAAAAGAGAGACUAAGAUAGUAAAAUAUACCAAGUUAUUUAAAAUUCGUACGGAAUUUAAUGCAGAUCUUAUAAAAAAAAUAUUUAAAAAUAUUAGUUGAUAAUAAUAGUAUAGUAUGAAACGUUUGAUUAGAUGUGAUUGAAUCUCAACAAAAUCAUUAUUUACUUUAAUAAUGUAGGUAUUUAAAUUUUGUUCAAGUAUCAAGUAUAUAAAAAAUAACUAGAACAAAAUAUACAAAUUCGUAAUCUCAUUGUUGAAAUAUUGCUUUUAUUAAAAUCCAGUCUACAUCAUAUUUUUCUCAUUAUGAAAAUAUGGCAUAACAUUGUGAAAUGGUUAGGUAUACCCAAAUAUCUAAAACCUUAAUUUAAAAUGAUGAAUUUAGAGUACCUGUGGAACUUAUUAGCUAUAAUAUGCGAAAAACGUCUGCACGAUUUAUAUUCCGCGUAUAUACGGAAUUCCGUGUAACAAUAAAAUUACUCGCGAUUUUUGAUAUAAAUUAUUUGGAGUGUUCACCGAAUAUUAAUCGCGCGACUGCGCUCGCCCGACUGGCUCUUAUUAAAAUUUCGGUGUUUAUGUUUCAUAACAUACAUUUUGGAAAAAAAAAAAUUGUUAUGUUGCAUUUCAAUUGUUUGGUGUAUGUGGUUGUGAGUUAUUUCAUAAAUAUUCACUUGCAAAUGUGAUUUGCCAUUUUAGUGCCUACUUUUCUGGUAUUCUCAUAACGCUUUAAUAUGGAGGAAAAAUAUUGAAUAAUGUUGAAUCGUUGAAUUUAAAAUAUUAUUUUUAGUAAAUUGUAUGGUUAUCAUCAUUUUAAUUGUGGGCCUGUAUGUAUUUUUUGGAAACAUGUUUUAAUUAAAAAGGGCCCACAAUGAAGGAAAUAUUAUUUCUAAAUGAAGUUGUGACUGUCAAUUUAGUUUGUUAUUCAUAAAUCCAAUAUAUUUUUUGUGACAUAGUCUUAGUAAUGGGCCUUACCUUGGAAUUUAUACAUAUUGUAGAGUAUAAUUAAUAUGUGCAGCACAGAAUUUUUCUUCUUUAUAAAAUUAAAAUGAACACGUUUUAAAAGAAGAUUAUCACCGCUUUACAAUCACUAGAAACUCUAAAGCCAUAUUGCGAAUAAAAAUGGAACCAUUUAUUUACACAUAAUCUAUCAAAAUUAUUACCAUGCAACUGUGGCAUCACCAGAACGGUAAAUUUAUCAUAGUUUUCCGGAGACACAAAAUACUUCACUCUUAUAAUUUACUUAAACAGUACUUGAUAAACCCAUCAAUUUGUAUUCAUGCCUAGUCUGAUCCAAGCCAACAAUUCACUACUAUUGAGAUGUGCAAAAUACAGUGUUCUAAAUUGUUUACCCAUAUCCAAAGUUUAGAGGAGUCGUUUCCGCAUAUCAAACUCGAUAUCGGACCUAAUGGUGCUCGCUUUAGAGUCGCAAAUCCUGUACUUUUGAUUUAAUUUUUAAAGUCAGAGUUAGAAAAAUUGUAUGCUGGUUUCAGCUUUUAAAACUAUAAACAUAAGAUCCAUUUUACUCCGAUGUUCCGAAUCUUGUACUAAGGCCACUGUUGCACUUUGGUACAACCUAUUCGCAUUCAAAAUUAGUAUUAGACUCUUCAGGUUUUUUUUUGAAAAUUAAUCUUGCCUUGUAUUGACCGGAACAAAAAAUUGAAAUCUGUCCAGCUAUUUUAGAGUUUAGUGAAACACGCAAUACAAUUAAUUGUUUAAACAACAUAGGUAAUGUUAAUGUGUCUUCUGAUAUAUAUGUAUACUCAACACAAUUUCGUUCGCUAAACGAUAAUCUCUGUCGAUCUUCGAUUUAAUUAUCUGGGGAGAACUUUAACAAUCAUAAAACUGCAUUAAUUUGUAUUGAAUAGCGUUGUAAUAAAUAUACAUGUUUAAGAGUAACUAGUGUAUAUUUAAUGUCUUAUCUCAAUCAUAUUUGGGUGCUUCAAAUAUUGUUAUAAAAAAUAUAUAUACAAACUUCUGAUUAACUGGUGUAUAUUUCAUGUUACCAAAAACUAUAAAUGUUAAUAGUGGUAUUAUUUGUUAAAGUAUAAACUCAUAGGCAUAAGAAUAGUUAUUCCCAGUGUAUCUACUGGGAAAUUUAUUUUUACAUUUAAAUAAAAGCAAGAGUAACAUUUUAUUUUUGUGUAAAACUAAUAUGCAUAAUGCAAUACAUAUCUAUUAAAAAUA